CGCUGAUUCACUCGAGCGUUUGAAAUCAGCGAAAUUUACCUUGUCAAUGCAAACAUAAUUUGCAAUCAUUCUACUUAUCGUCUGCAAAAUGUUGCGAAGUAAAACAGGAAAAUUUCAAUCGAAAAAGUCAUUUGUUAAGCAAUUCAAAGCUCAAGAGUCCAGAAGAAAUAUAUUAGUAAGUCAUCCUGUUGAUGAGCCCAUUACAGAAGAUCACAACUACGUGCAUGCCAACACUUAUCCAGUUUUCUCAGACUCAGAUCUUGAACUUGGUGCAAGCUGUACCAUUGACCCAUCUCUUAAUAAUGACUGGAAGACAGGUAGACGGGUAGUCGAGCUUCAAGCCUUAGCCCAACAGAUGUUUUGCACCUCGUGUGAUGCUCGACUACACCUGGCCGACAUCGAGAGCGAGAGACGAUAUGGUUUAGGCAGCAUACUUUGUAUAAGGUGUCAGAACAGUGUGUGCAGUUCAUUAAACGACGUUAAAACAGGAAAGAGAAACAACGGAACAUUUGACAUCAAUUCAAAAUUAGCACUAGCCAUGGUACACACAGGAAUGGGCCCAGUACAGAUUAACAACUUCCUUGCAACUUUAAAUUUACCACCAGUUGUGCCGUCCACUCUUAAGAGAAGGGAACAAAAAAUUGAUACAAUUGUAAUGGAUUGGGUGCAAUUGAAGAUGUCUACAUGA